AUGGCCCUCCAUGAAGCUUUACCUCAAAAUCCUCAAACAGCUGAAGCCAAACCGGAAACAACUCCUCGGGCUCCGAUGGCAUGGGAGAGUGAAGCCAGUGAUGCUGUGCCGGAGGUCUACGAGGAUAGUACAGUGACGUCUGGCCCUCCAACGCAACGAGAUGUUCUGAAAGAGGAGCAAAAAACCGAUGAUGAAGAGCCAGCGAAUCGCGUUGCGCCCCUUCCAAGUGAGGAUGCGUGCGACGCUGAAGCCCCGGAGAAGGCGGUGUCAUCUCCUUUUCGGAAGUUCUCCGAAGAGGUGCAACGCCUACUUGAGGAGGCUGGUAGCUACAACAAUUGCGAGCUCGAGGUCAAGACAUAUUUUGAUUUGCAGGGCUACAAUUUGGAAAGCUUUGCAUCCAGAACCAAAAAGCAGCCUGGCUCUUUGCUAAUGAUGUACAUGUUUUAUUCCAGAAUCUUUGAAAAGCUUGUGGGAAAGCAGAAGGGAGUGGAGCUGGCAUUGUUCUCACCUGUGGACUUUGACGAGCGCUUGCUUGGCUUUCGAGCUGUUCUGGAAUGGGCCAAAGACUUCAAGAUGAUGCCGCAACGUGUUCCUAAAAGACAGCUUGAGCGAAUUUUUGUAAGUUGCCAUGCUGGAGACCUACCUUCGCACGAGAAGAUAGCUUCAAAGAUCACGUAUCCAGAAUUUUUGAUGCUGGUCACAUUUUGUGGCAACUCUGGGGAGCCCAUGGACCUGAGCAGGGUGGAUGGAAGCCUCUGUAGAGAGGUGGAGACUCGGCUGGAACAAGUCAAGAGACUUGCAACCUUUCUGUGCCUGAGAAGCCCUAAGCAGGUGAAACUGCAUCUUCACAAUGCCUACCGUGAUGUACAUUUCUGGAAGCUCAGUGAUGGUGCAGACUUUGAAAAGGAGGCCCGCGCAGCUGAAAUGAGAGCGCGGCCACAUUACCAGGUUGGCACUUUGGAAAUUGACCCUGAAGUUCCAGCCGCGCAGAAGUAUUUGGAACGGUUUACCUGGUCCAAUCCGGACCACAUUUGGGAGGAGUUUGAGGCCCCGUUCUUGGACAUGGGAACCUGCAAGGUCCAGGGUCCCAAACGCUUCAAGCUCGAGGUCUACAAUCGCGGCUUGGUGCUGGCCCGUCUGCAGAUGGAGUUGCAAGAUACUGGGCCAUUGAAGGUACCAUGGCGCGACUGCAUGCUGGGACCUGGACAGAAAGUCACAGUCCCAAUCGACAUAGCUCCCUCAGAACCUGGCGAGUGGCAUGGAUCUAUCCGCAUAAAGGGAGCCUGGGUGAACAUCUUUGGUGUGAAUGAGGAGGAAGCCAGGGUGCCAACUCACCUCAAAGUCGAAGGAGACGUUCCGGAAAUUCACGAGCCAGCGACACCAGCUACUGCAGCUACCCCUGUGAAUCUGCCAGCCCACGCGCCCAGACCCUUCCGUCCUGGAAGCGCCAAUCGAAUUCAAAUUGAUCCGUCCAGUCUGCACACGCAGCAGCUGCGAACUCCUACUCCGCACAAAUUGAAGCGUCCGUACAGUUCAUCUUCAGCUAGUAGUGCGAAGCCCGAAAGUGGCAGACCAGUGUCUUCCAGGACCGGCUGCAGCACGGCAGUGCCAAGCUCCCGUCCGCUGAGUGCAUUGGGUCCGCCUUCAUCACGAGGCGUCUGCGCUAGCGCUGUGCUGCCUUCUUCUCGCAGUCAGAUUGGACGGCCUCCUGCACUGAAGUCCAUCCCACAGGAUGUCACCAAGGAGCGUCCAAGACCCCGCUCAGCACCGCUGGUGCCGCUGCCCAGCCCUGUGACAACACGUGCGCGACCGUCGUCCGCCGCACAGGUGCUUUGACAUCAUGAGUUCUUGUGGUGGCAAAAUGCAUGAUCCGGCUCAAGAACGGAGAGCUGGAUUUCAGUUGUUUACAGAUGGUUUGGCCAAAUGAAUGCCAUUCCACGCCAUUCUUUCAAUAUGUCAUUUUAACCUCUGAAGAAUACCUUCACAGGGCAACGCGAGUUUCACACGACGUGAACUGGACGCGUGUGUUAUUGAAGAGGUGGCAAGGUUGUCUGAGAUAUCCCUGUCAUGCCUG